AUGAUGAAGUCACUGAGGUGGGACGCCGCGGGCCGUGGGCGUCAGCGCAAAGAUCGCAGCGCCUUUUGGGUUGCCCCACCGCAGCGCUACGUGAUCAACCGGCACAGUCCCAAGGCGGUGCCGCACAGUCUUUCCGUCGUUGUUGUGGUUGAUCCCCACAUGGUGGAGCCGACGGCAUUUCUCCAGCCCAUAGCGCCACUUGCGAACGACAAGAGAAAUUGUGGGGCGGCAGGGAAUGGUGAUGCGAUCUCCGCCGAGCCGGACUCCGCGAGUGAUCAGGUCGUCCCGUCGUUCUUUAGGCUGGACGUCUACGUUUGGGACGAUACAACCUUGCGGGAGAUUUUGGAGGAGGUGCUGGCGUCGAGCGCGGCGGCCCAACAGGUGUUGCUGCCCAGCGAUGCCCCGGCCACGGCGACGGCUGAGGUGGUGGGAGAAGCAAGCAGGCCGCCGGCGUCCACUGGCGCGGAGAAGGCAGAAAAGAGAGGAGGACGUGACGGUGGUGGCGAUGAUGGUGGUAACGGUAAUUUGAAGGAUGAUGAUGAUGACGGUGCAUCGGUGGAGCUUGAUGAUGGGGAUGAUUCUGUUGGCGGGGAUGCGGCAGACGAGGAGCCGGCCUCCAAACGUGAACGCACAGAAGGUGAGAAGAAGCAGAGGGACGAGACGCGAAAGGGUGCCCCGUCGGCCGCCAAGAGGGCCCAGCCGAGGGAUAGGCGGCCGCCACCGACGCCCGCUGCCAAUGUGCGUCUUUCCCAUGUGUUUGUUGGCAGUGACAAGAAGCCGCAGGUGAGAGACGUAGCGCUCCUACGCGUCGACAGGCCUGUUUUCCACGCGGGAGACUACACCACCAUGCAGGAAAUGCGGACUUUCAAAACGGGAGGGCGAGGAUGGAAGAAUGGGGAUCUUUUGGUGCUAUCGCCCACCACACGACACUACAGGGCCACACCGAUGUGA